ACGUACAAGAACCGAUUAUACAACGUAGGGGUUCAUUCGUACCACCCAUAUCGAGCCGACUGCAAUUCAAAUUCAAAAGUGCCGCUAAACGUGCAUCGUUUCGACUUGAAAGGGAGAUGGCUCUGCUCGUAGUGUUUCCCAGGUAAGUAUAGGGUAAGUCAACGUUUUCAGUGUCGGCUUGAUAGAUCCCUAGGAUCAUUACAAACUACGAAGAUUUUUUGCCCUAUGAACUAACCGCCCUAAAGUAUCUCAUGUGUUUUUACUGUCACAUCCCUGAGCUAACUGGCGGGUUUUGAGAAACAGCGAUGACAUCUUAACUCACGUCACAAGGUGUGCGUUGGUUAGGUUGGAAACAAUUAAUUAGACGUCACUUUAAAGUCACCAAAUUCCAGUUCGAAGAAAAUCAAAAUUAUCAGUGCAUUUUACAAACACCCAAGAUGGACAAUAAAGAUGACAAAUUUUGGAUGUCGAUGAUCAGGAAACAUGAAAACCGUACAUGCGAGUUGGAAGAGCAGCAGUGUAAUCUUGAACAACGAUUACUAAACCUGAAAAGAAGAAUAAGUUCAAGCCACAAUGACAUCUGCAGCUGUUGCUCGGAAUUAUUUGAACCAACCCCCUCAUCGAGCAGAGUAAGGACAAACGCUCCACCAGUUGCAACUCCUAAAGUCGAAGAGUGCAACGAUUUAUCCAUCUCCCUUAACUCGAUGGACAUGCAGUAUAUUUCCACCCUUUACGAGCUAAUAGAUCGAGAGAAGAAGUUAAAGCAGCAAGUGCACAAGAUGGAAACGCGCGAACAGGCUCUUUUGAGUAGCCUAAAACUUACAAACCAAACGUGUGAAAGUAGAAGUAGAAAUUGUGGGGUAAACGACGAAAGCGGGAGAGCUAUCAGUAAUCUCCAAGAAGAAAAUGCUCGGAUAGCCGGCGAGCUUGAAGAUGUAAAGUUGGAAUUAAAGCACUGCAUGGAGAAGUAUCACGGCCCGAUGACGCGGACGCUGGAGCAAGAAAGGCGACGAUCGCAGCAGCUGGAGAACGACCUUAAGGCGACCGCCGAGGAAAUGUCUACGAAAGAGUGCUGCUAUCGCGAGGACAUGUGCUGCCUCAAAUCUCAAAUGGAGGAACUAGCCCAAAGUCUAGCGGAGGUAACGCAGCAGAACGAAAAUUUGCAGCGCCAGUUGUGUUCGAUGGGUCGAAAGUAUAAGGACCUUCAGCGCGACCUCAUCAGUCAAAAAAUCAACGAGGCCCGCACGUUGGAGCGAUUAAACGAGCUCCUCUCCGAGAAGGAGCGCACCGUGGUCCGCGAGCGGCGGUUCAAGACCCAGGAGACCCAGCUGGAUCCGCAGAGCGUUCCCCAGAGGGAGGAGAAAGGUAAAGCCGACGUGCCUCCGCCGCGACUCGAGCAUAACCUCUACGCGAUUGCAAGAAGCUUGAGCAGAAGCUUGCUGAAUAUUAAUCAGUGUGAUAUUUGCAGAGAGUCCGUGCCCGAAGAUUUGAAGGCUACAAUUACCGGCAUUAAAGUUAUUACCGAUAUCGUCGACCGAAACAGCACGAGAAAUGACGCGACCAAAUCUAACGACGGAAAACCACCCGAUAACGGACCUGGAGGUGGCAAAUUUCCGCUGCCACCUCGUCAGCGCGACGAUCCAGCCAGCGAUUUCAUUGGCAAGACUGAUGACGACGGAUAUGGGGGAGAUAGCGGAAGAAGCGAUGGAGGAAACGACGAUCUUACGGAUGCGACCGAUUUGCCGGCCGAGGACGAAGUGGCCGUUGUACAAAUGAACGAGGACAUUCGCGUACUGACCGAGGUGGAGGCGUCAGGUGACUUGCAAGUGCAGGUGGACACAUUCGUUGAGGUGAGCGAUGACGUUGGGGACGACCUCCACGUGACCACCACGGUUACAAGUUCGGGCAUGCUGGAGGUCGUAACCGAGGGACCGGCCGGUAUUAUAGAGACGAUAAUGUUGCGAACUCCGUCUGGGAAUCUCGAGGUCGUGACCGAAAUAAUGGACUAUCCCGAAAACUUGGCGAUUGCGGAGUCGGGCGACACGUCUCAGGAUCUGGACACGAACGUGAUCGAGGAUGUGGGGGCGGAAUUGGAGCGCGCCGGAGAUUUUGCCGAUUCGGUUUGUCAGUCCACGGAGGAAGAGGAGUUCUUUUCGGCGCACAUUUUCGGUGAUGGUGAGACGCAAAUCGCUGAUGGUAUCGAGGAAAGUGGACUGUUGGAGGAUGGCGUAUUGGCGCCAAUAAUGGAGGUUGAAGGUGAGACGCCUUUGGAUGAGGUGGAUGAGGCGGGACCAGACGAAAGCGAUAAGGUGCCUAUGAAUGAAUUCGUCAGUAGCGGACCGAUCAGAUAUGUCAUAAGUGACACGACAGACAUUGACAGGUCAAAAUCGGGCCGUAAAGAACACCGAAAGAAAUUUAUGUCCAAAAUUCCAGUAUCGGCAAGCUUUCCGUACAAGGGACCGGUAUGUAACUGUGGCAAGUGCGGCUGCGUCGAAUGCUUCGGCAGAAUCCUCGCAGAACCGCACGGCGAACGCGGCCUCGACGAAAAACCCGACUCUCUGGCGACGGGCAAGGUUUGCAAUUUACCCGACGAGGUCAGCCUGUUAACGUACACCUCGGUGGCAAGUGCUCGACCGACGAAGCCCCACCCUCCGGACUGCGACUGUGUCGAUUGCUUGUGCGAUCCUUGCGCCUCCUUUCCCUCCGACUAUGCGACCAGAAUUCACCCGCCCGAUUGCGAUUGCAUCGACUGCCUUUGCGGCGAGUUUCCGUGCGCACCUCGUUGCGCAGAACCGAAACCGACGGCCCCUGCCGAAGAAAUUAAAAGUAUAUUUAGCGAGAAGGUUGUGAGGGAGCCAAUAAGCGAAAGUUUGGCAACUCCAACAGAGCCAAGCGAGCGAUCGGCACCAGUAAAAGAGACCCUCCCAGACGAAAGAGCGAAAAAUGUGGAUGACAAUGCGCCAGACAUAGCACCGUUACCAAUAAAGGAGGUGGAUCCGGUAGAAAGAUCGGUACCGGCAAAAGCUUUGGAACCGGUACCAAUAACGGAAUUACCUCCGGUAGAAAGACCGGUACCGGCAAAAACUUUUGAACCGGUACCAAUAAAGGAGAUACCUCCGGAAGAAAGACCGGUACCAGCAAACGCUUUGGAACCGGUACCAAUAAAGGAGAUACCUCUGGUAGAAAGAUCGGUACCGGCAAAAGCUUUGGAACCGCUACUAAUACAGGAGAAACCUCCGGUAGAAAGACCGGUACCAGCGAAAGCUUUGGAACCGGUAUCAGCAGUGAACGAAAAUUCCUCCCCUGUGAAACAACCUCAAGGAGAAGGUGAAAAAUUAAACCACAAGGCAGGUUGCGAGUGCGAUUUGUGCCGUUGCUGCAAUUGCGGCGAGGUUCCCCAACAGCUGAUUGCACCUAAAAAAUGCGAAAGCGCGUGCGAUACCGGUCACCGCUCCAACUGCAGCUGCAUCGACUGCCUCCUGUCGUGCGGGUUUCCAAACAAAACGAAGGAGAUGCCCAAAGCAGAAGGAGAAACGCUGAGUGACGGAGGCGUUUGCGAUUGUGUCACCUGCCAAGCACCGUGCGCGUCUCCCACGUGCUCGCAGAUCCAGGAAGCGGCGGUGGCCGACUUACAGGUUUGUCUGGAUCAGAUCAAGUGCGCGUGCCUUAACGCCGAAGCCUCAGCAUGUUGCGCGGAAAGCCAGUCGGGGCAGAAUCUACUGACGACGUUAAGGGGGAUCAUGGCGAACCUGCAGGCGAUGUGUACCGCCGAAAAUAUGGCGAACUUUGUGAAUGAGUUGAGAGCGAAAGCGAACAGUAUCCUUUUUAGUCAGAUGCUUCCCAAGGUGGCCCCAUCGCUUAAUUUGGACCAGACGCAGGAUGACAUCUACAGCUGCGCAUGCAAGGGGGAAAAGACGGACAAAAGCGGGGCGUACCUUCGCAACCCGUGCACUUGUGGUAGCGACAGUUGCUAUUGUUUCGACCAAGACCAAGAAGGGAGCUGCUGCUCCCAGAACUGCGAAGGAGGUUCCAUCAUAUCGAAAAUUUCGAACGAGUCCUUGUGCAGUUGCACCAGCUACGCCGAACCCCAGCUCGUUUGCAGGCAAAACGCACCGAGUCCUCCAACAUCCGAUCCAGUCGAAAUUACAGAGGUGAAGAAGGUGUCAUCUGAUGGCCUUUUGAUCAAAUGGACACCGCCCUCUUGUCAAGAGGUAACCGGUUACGAGGUCGUCGUCGACGGUAAACUGAAAUCGAAGGUUCGCAGUGCCUUUAGGACGUCAGCGAUCAUUUACUCUCUCGCUAGUGGCUCUUUAAACCUGAAAGUAUACAUAGCUGUGAUCGAGGAGCUGACGUCUGUCUCUGAUGAAGAUGUCACAUCAGUGACAGACCCCAUGCUCGACUCACCUCUAUCUAGAGUUCGCCUGCAAUCAAGCGCCAUAGCCGAUCGGAACCUGACAGGGUCCUCGCCGUGA